UUCGAAAGGUUUUAGAAAUGACCAAUCCGGAGAAAAUGAAAGUGGACGGUGAUACUGAGAAAGAGAGGGAAGACUCCUCAUCCGAUGAGCAAUGGAGCGAUGAAGAAUCCGCCAUGAGAGAAAUCGUUCUCGGCCUCCCUGCUCUAUCCAUCAGCAGCGCAACCUUCGGUGUUAGCAUCGCCGACGAUGAAGAGGAAGAGGCGCGUCUGAACGAGCAAGCGGUCGUUGCGGCGGAGUUGGUCAUCGCCGCGGCGGAGGAAGCGGUUAUGAAAGAGAAGAGCGAUGGCAAGAAGAAGGUGAGGAGACAGAGGAAGACGAUGAAGCUCAAUAACGACGACGAAGCGGGUGGUUCGAGUAAAGGAGGAGAAGCGGCGAAGAAGCCGAGGAAGAAGACUUCAGAGUUCACUAAUCUGCCGAGAGGGCCACCGGUUUGUAACGUCUGUGGACGAGCAUUUCAUUCGUGGAAGGCUGUGUUCGGACAUCUGAGGUCUCACAAAGACAGGAGCUAUCGCGGGUUUCUCCCGCCUCCUAGAUUCGCUGCGCCGAUUAGAGGCGUCAUGAUUCCAGGACCGAACUCUGCUUUUGUUCGUGUUGUUGCCCGAGGAGGGAGCUCCGGUGGUGGUGGUGGUGCUAGUGGUGGCGAAGGUGGGAGAGGUGUAGGGAUUGUUAUGGAUGUGGAUCGAGUGGAGGAAGAGAAGCAGGAAGUGACUGAAUCUGGAAGCGUAGCGAAGUUUGAUCUUAAUAAGUCUCCACCGAAAGAUGAUGAUGAGGAAGAGGAGAAAACCAAGUGAAGAUGUUUGAAGUUGAACACAUUAUUUAGCUAUUUGAUUAUUUUUCAUACAACUUAUUUAAUUUAACUUCAUCUCAUUGUAUUUUUUUUUUUCCUGCUUUGGACUAGGUUUGGGUUGUUUUUGUUGUUAUUGCUUUUGUGUGCAACACUUUCUAUUUAUGGAAAUUUAC